GCAAAUUAAUGUAUAAGUAACAUAUUUCGAGUUCGCAGUGUAGUUCAAAUAAGUAAUUUUCAAAGAGUUUUCGAUCGAAUAAGACUGAAUUCAAAGAUUGUGUUGAAAGAAGUAUGGAUUUAAAAAUCAAUGUUCUUUUAAUUAUAGUGUGGCGUGCAUUUUUAGUAGAUGUUGAAUGUGUUAGCACCACAAAGCAGAUAUAUGAUGCCAUAUUUGCUGGAUAUGACAGUGGACUCAGACCAGUAUGUGACGGAGAAACACUUGUAAAUCUAACAAUUGGUGUAGCAGUUCGACAACUUAUAGAUCUGGAUGAACCAAAUCAGGUGAUGAAGAUAAACUUGUGGAUACGAUUAAAGUGGACAGACUGUUUGUUGCGAUGGGAUCCAAGUUCAUAUGAUAAUACAAACUAUAUAGUUGUACCAAUAGCAAAGGUUUGGACCCCGGAUUUAACCCUUUAUGACAGUCUCGAUUCCGAAAUGAAUGGCAUGGAUAAAAACAGAGCUACAGUCAACUCAGAUGGCACCGUGCUUUAUAAUUUUCCAACUCUUAUUGAAGUGAUUUGUCCAAUUGACGUAACUAGCUUUCCAUUUGACACCCAAGUCUGUGCAUUAGUAUUCGGCUCAUGGGUGUUCCAUGGAAAUCAACUGGAUAUGCUAGCACGUGACAACCCAAGUGAUUUAUCAUCUAUGAAAACAAAUGUAGAAUGGGUCAUUCAAAAAAUUGUAGUUGAAAGGCACGAGGUAAUAUACGGAUGCUGUCCGGAUCCGUAUCCAGAUGUUACAUUUUAUAUUCACGUAGAACGUAAACCUGCAUAUUAUGUAACGAAUAUAAUAAUUCCGUCUAUCAUGAUAACAUCAUUGGGUAUUCUCUGUUAUUUCCUCCCUGUAGACUCCGGAGAAAAAGCGUCGUUAAUAAUCACCGUGAUGCUAGCAAUGUCAGUAUUUCAGUUACUUGUUGCUGAUAAACUUCCACCAUCAGCCGAUUCUACACCUUGGAUAAUGUUCUUUUUUAACUUUAUACUGGGACUGUCUGCUGUUUCAACUACGGUCCAGGUAUUUGUUAUUAAUAUCUACUAUCGCGGAGAAAAAGAGAUGUCCCCAUGGGUUAAGAGGUGCAUCCUCAUACCAUUAUGCUUUAUGACGUUUGUUACCAUUCCUGGUCGUCGUUCUCCAAUCUGUGGUAAAGAGAAAAAAGUUGGGGAUUUAAUGAAGGACAUCGAGCAGUGUACAAAUACAGAGCUCUGGCAGUUUUUAUCAGUUGCCAUUGACAGACUUGGACUAGUGUUAUUUACCAUAACUUUAAUAGGCGGAAGUUCUUAUGUUUGGUCGGCUAAAUAACUAAUACUUUAUAAUAAAAAUUAAAUAUUUGUUGCGACUCCUUAAUUAUAAUUUUUAAUUUUGAUGGAAACAUGAAAAAUUCAGGUUCAU